AACGACACACAUAGGACACGUAGUAAAGGGAGGGGAAAAGCUGGAUUUGGCUUGGGUACGACAACGACGGCGAUGUAGCUGAACUACAGGCUCAGUCGGGUCGGCAGUUUGAGUUUGACGACCGGCUUGGAAGGGACGAACACGAUUGCUCUGCGUGUCCGCGCGUCACAACAUAACGGAGUAGGCGGUUGAAGCACCCAAACCCACCACCCACCACCCUGACCUGGCGACGCGUACUAGCAGACAUCAUCGCAGUAGGCCAAUUAUCGAUUUUCUCGUGCGGCUCAGCUCCGUUGCCGUGGUUUCGUAGCGUGACUCGUUUGUUAACCACUUAACCAACCUGGAAGUACUGGAGAGCAUGGGCCUGCGGAGACGAACCAUCGAUUCCGGCGAGCUGGCCCAACCCAACGGAGCGGCGACAGCCCACCGGGAAACCUGGGUGUCGACGAACAAAAUCCUCAACAGCAGCCAAGCCAAGCGCAUGAACAGUCGCAACCCAAACUUUGAUUACGAUGAAACCAAACUGCUCAUCCAGCUGUGGGGUGACCCCACCGUCCAGAAGACCCUCAUCACCACCCACAAGAAGCAUCCGGUCAUCGCGGAGCUCGCGCGGAAGAUGCGCGAACACGGCUACAACCGGUCCACCGAGGAGAUCAACACGCGCAUCAAGAACCUCAAGUGCUUCUACAACCGCAUCAAAAAGGACAUGGCAGCUGGGAUAAUCAACCAAACAACCUGGAAACACUUUGCCGAGAUGGACGAAAUUAUCAGCCGGCCGGUGUUCGGAAAUGCCCACCGGAUGCACAUGAUUCAACAGCAAAAGCAACAGCAAGAACAGGAAGACCUCAAGUUGCAAAUUUUGGAGCAGCAGGAGCAGAUGCAGCGCUUCCCGGUAAAGUUGGAGGUGAUGAGCGACGAUGACUCGACGGAGAUCCGGGCGGAGGAUUUGCUCACGAUUGAUACGGCACCGCCACCCGAGGAGGCGGGAAGUGCUGCUGGGCCGGCAAGUGCUGGGGGAGGGGGAGGAGCAUUAGAAAAGGACGAGCUGCAUAUCAAGGAUGAUGAGAAGCAGUUUGAGGAUGAUGACGAGGACGACUACUCGGAUGAUAGCGACUUUGAUGUGGAAAAUGAGUUCAACGAUGGCCUGGAUGAGUUGCUGUCUAAAGCCAAGGCUACCGGAACCGCGGGAGCUGCCGAUUCCACAACCCCCAAACCAGCAGUCACGCUCAGCACAUCCGAAGCCGUUGCAACCAUUACGACUGCGACCGCCACAUCAACGACGGGCCCGGGAAAAAUCUCCGUCGUCCCGACGAAUCUUCUGCUCAAGCCACCCACCUCGACCGUCAACCUGAACUCCCCGAUCCAAAUCUACACCCAACCGACGGUCAGCUUGGCCGGAUCUACGACGAUAACCGCGAUCCCGCAGUCUUCGAUCGCCUCCAGCAUGGCUCCAUCCGGCGCGGGAAUGGCCCCGAUGAAGCUGCUGCUGGUGAACACCGUCUCCAAGGACGGAACCACCAAACAGAUCCUGACUCCGGCCUCGGAAGUCCCGGCGCUGUCCCAGAUGCGACCUCCCCCGAUGCUGGCGCCCAAACCCACGCCCAUUCCGAUCGCACCAAAGCCACAAACCGUAAACAUUCCCGCGCUCAGCAUUCCCUCGAGACCACCCACGAUGACGCCGAUCAUCACGGCAACUUCCGGCGCCGCAAGACCAAAACCGCCAGCCUUCCUCAACGGAGAGAAAUCUUCCGGCUUCAAAACCCUGCUCAACCAGCUGGUCACAGUCCAGCGAGAGAAUCUGGCCGUAUCUCGAGCGCGACUUGCUCUGGACAAGGAGCGGCUCGAGUUUGAAAAACAAAUCGGAGGACCUCUGGUGGACGUGGUCCGAAACCUGAGCGGGUUCUUCAACGGGUUCCUGCAACAGUUUCAGCACCAGCAGCAACAGCUUCAGCAAAAGCAAACCCAAAUGGUCAACGGAACGGCCAAGCGCCAAAGCGAGUCGGCAGAACCGAUGAAAGCAGCCAAAAAGCGACGCACCACGGGCAGCGUGGAAGCGGUGGAAACUUCGGUCACCACAAGUGAAGCUGUCAAAGCGGAAGUCAUCAGCGAUAACGACAACUGAAAUGGAGUUCUUUCCAACUACCCAAACAUACAUUCCUCGUUUUUAUCUUCUGUUAUAAAAUUUUAAUUUAUUUAACUUAUUAGUAGCGAUUAGUGACCUAUUUAUCUGCGCUAAAUUAUUAAACUAGAGAGUGGAAUUCAAGCACCUUUGUAGAGCAAACCUGUUGAUAAUAAAACAAAUCGAGCCCUAUAUUUUUAAUAA